CGCAAGCGCAGCAGCUUGCAGCGGUGCUGUGUCUGUCCGGCGCCUUUUCUCUCUUCCCCUUCCUCCCUCUCCCCUGCGCCCCUCCCUCCCUCUCUCCUUCCCCUUCUCCUCUUACUCUCCCCCCUCCCUUCCUCUCUCUCUCUCUUCCAGAGCCGCCGCGGUCGCUGCUGUCGCCGCAGAUACCGUUCGUGCCCUCCUUCCCCGCUCCCUGUGCGCCCGGCUGCCCCAUGAAGCGAUGGCAGCGGCCAACUUCGGCAAGAUCCAGAUAGGGAUCUACGUGGAGAUCAAGCGCAGCGAUGGCCGAAUUCACCAAGCUAUGGUAACAUCCCUAAAUGAAGAUAAUGAAAGUGUAACUGUUGAAUGGAUUGAAAAUGGAGACACAAAAGGCAAAGAGAUUGACUUGGAGAGCAUAUUUUCACUUAAUCCAGAUCUUGCUCCUGAUGAAGAUAUUGAACCCAGUCCAGAGACGCUACCACCAGCUGCUGCAUCAGCCAAAGUAAACAAAAUUGUGAAGAGUCGACGAACUAUGGCACCAGUUAAGAAUGAUACCCCUUCCAGAGAUAACAGAGUGGUUGGUUCUUCGCGCGUACGACCUACUCAGCUUCCUGAGCAGUCUUCCUCAUCUCAACAGAAUGGUAGUGUUUCAGAUAUAUCUCCAGUUCAAGCUGCAAAAAAGGAAUUUGGACCCCCUUCACGUAGAAAAUCUAAUUGUGUAAAAGAGGUUGAAAAACUGCAAGAGAAACGUGAAAAAAGAAGGUUACAGCAGCAAGAACUUAGAGAAAAAAGAGCUCAGGAUGUUGAUGCUACAAAUCCAAAUUAUGAAAUUAUGUGCAUGAUAAGAGACUUCAGGGGAAGUUUGGAUUAUAGACCACUGACCACUGCAGAUCCUAUUGAUGAGCACAGGAUAUGUGUUUGUGUACGAAAACGACCACUCAAUAAAAAAGAAACUUUAAUGAAAGACCUUGAUGUAAUAACAAUUCCUAGUAAAGAUGUUGUGAUGGUACAUGAACCAAAACAAAAGGUGGACUUAACAAGGUACCUAGAAAACCAAACUUUUCGUUUUGAUUAUGCCUUUGAUGACACGGCUCCUAAUGAAAUGGUUUACAGGUUUACAGCUCGACCAUUAGUGGAGACUAUAUUUGAAAGAGGAAUGGCCACUUGUUUUGCAUAUGGGCAAACAGGCAGUGGGAAAACCCAUACUAUGGGUGGUGACUUUUCAGGAAAGAAUCAAGAUUGUUCUAAAGGAAUAUAUGCACUUGCAGCUCGAGAUGUCUUCUUAAUGCUAAAGAAGCCAAAUUAUAAGAAGUUAGAACUUCAAGUAUAUGCAACAUUUUUCGAGAUAUACAGUGGUAAAGUUUUUGACUUGUUGAACAGGAAGACAAAAUUAAGAGUGUUAGAAGAUGGUAAACAGCAAGUCCAGGUGGUGGGAUUACAGGAACGGGAAGUCAAAUGCGUGGAAGAUGUUCUUAAGCUUAUUGAAAUAGGCAACAGUUGCAGGACAUCUGGCCAGACAUCUGCAAAUGCACACUCAUCUCGAAGCCAUGCAGUGUUUCAGAUUAUUCUCAGAAGGAAAGGGAAAUUGCAUGGUAAAUUUUCUCUGAUUGAUUUGGCUGGCAAUGAAAGAGGAGCAGAUACUUCAAGUGCAGAUAGGCAGACACGACUGGAAGGUGCGGAAAUUAACAAGAGCCUUUUAGCACUCAAGGAGUGCAUUAGAGCCUUAGGCCGAAAUAAACCUCAUACACCCUUCAGAGCAAGUAAACUUACUCAGGUGUUAAGAGAUUCAUUCAUAGGAGAAAACUCCCGUACCUGUAUGAUUGCUACAAUUUCUCCAGGGAUGGCAUCAUGUGAAAACACUCUAAAUACAUUGAGAUACGCAAAUAGGGUGAAGGAGCUGACAAUUGAUCCGAGUGCUGCAGGAGAUAUCCGUCCCAUUAUACACCAUACUCCCAACCAGAUUGAUGACUUGGAGACACAGUGGGGUGUGGGAAGCUCCCCUCAGAGAGAUGAUCUAAAGUUGCUAUGUGAGCAAAAUGAAGAGGAAGUUUCUCCACAGUUGUUUACUUUCCAUGAAGCUGUGUCACAAAUGGUAGAAAUGGAAGAGCAAGUAGUAGAAGACCACAGGGCUGUCUUCCAGGAAUCGAUUAGGUGGCUGGAAGAUGAAAAAGCUCUUCUUGAGAUGACAGAAGAAGUAGACUAUGAUGUGGAUUCUUAUGCUACUCAACUUGAAGCAAUUCUGGAGCAAAAAAUUGAUAUUCUGACUGAACUUAGAGAUAAAGUGAAAUCUUUCCGGGCAGCUCUACAAGAGGAGGAACAGGCCAGUAAACAGAUCAACCCGAAAAGACCACGUGCCCUUUGAAAUGGGUUUUUGCUGCUAAAGAAAUCCAUGAUCCUGUACUGCUGUACCACACAUUUGUUACAAAACCCAGUGGCCGUAAGAACUCAACUACUUGAAAGUGUAAAACAUUAAAAAUGUCCAUGGAAAUGUCCCGUUUCUGAUUCACCUGAAUGACAUUUUCAGUUCUGUGUGAAAUGCUCCUAUGAUGUCUACAAAAUGCUUCUAGACCAGAUAGCACAGCCAUGCAGGGUUCAGAUCUGUGAAGCACUUUGUUUAAAAUAUUUCGUAUAUUCAAAUUGUGAAUUUUAUGUUUGGAAAUAUUUGCUAUGUUUUUUGAUACUGAAGUAAAACUGUGACCAUUAAAAAGUCACAGUAUUUCCUUCUAUGUUCAGUUUUGUUACAAAGACCAGCUGUGCAGUUUUUGUGUUUGCCUGCAUGCACACCUCACUAGUAGUUGUACAUCUCUCUUCUACAGACAGCUGUGCUUAGCUUUUUCCAUUGUGUGCCUUGGUGAAGGCUACGUAACCCUAAACAUCCUCUUUCUGAAGCACAGCUUUAAUAAACAACAUUCCUUAUUUGUCAAUAUCAGUUACUUUUACUGUGUACAUUUUAAUGUGUUUUGAGACUUUUUUGGGUGGCUAGUUUCAUUUCACAGGAUGUGCCAUAUCAUUUGAACAGAGACUGAAAGAGCUGUUAGCUUGGAGAAACAGCUGGAUAUUCCAUCCUUGUAAAAGUCUGGAAUCUAGAUUUAUUUGAUUACCAUAAAGAAUGAUUAUAUAAUUCUAACAUUUUUUUCUCUAAUAAAAAAAUAACCAGAAACACCCCCUAGACAGAAGUAUAAAUUAGUUGGUAUAUAAUAAAAGAUAACGUAUAAUGUGUCUGGUGGAAGAGUGAAGAUACAGUCUGACCUCUGCACAGGGAAAGGGUAACUGUCAAAGUUCUGGAAUCCAGCUAAAUACAUAUAUACUAGCCUUUCACAUACUGUUAAAACUUGGCUUUUUAUGCAUGACAAACUUACAUGUACAUUAUCUGUAGUUUGCAGGUAGUUUGAGUAGCUCUGUUGCUUUAAAGAGUAGCUAAUACCUAUUUUUGCCUUUGCCAGCAGUUGAAAAGUGGGGUGAAAUUGCAUUUGAGGAUUUUGCACAAUACCUCUGCCUAGCACUAAUAGAAAUCCCAGAAGUACCUGAAUUCUCUCAAAUGGCGCCAUGUGUAUCAGCACUCUCUAGGUGGUGGCACUCAAGCUAUUUUUGCGAGAGUCAGUAUCCAAAAAAGAUUGACCUUUCAUGUAACUUGUCAGAUGAGGAGUUGUAGACCUCUCUAGGAGUUCUCCCCAUUUCCAGUAGUUUGUAUCAGCAGACUUUCCCUUGGAACUGUCUAAAAAUUGCUUCUGGAAUACAAGCCUGUUCAUUUUUACCAGGCCUGGAAGGAAAUAAAGGGAAGGCAAUGAAAAGAGAGUUAAAUGAACCAGAAAUUCUUGUAGUGUUCUAAUGUUUGUAUAUCCCUUAAGAAGGUAGGCCAUGGGAAUCUCUUGUCUCAUCAUAGUUAGAAAUUUAAAAAAAUCUUCCUGUGUGUAAACAUGA